UAUCGCGUCUUGUUUGAUAUUCCCGUGUAUGUGUAUAUAAGAACAAGAAAUCCUAAAUCAGCAUUAGAUUGAACUAGAAGUUCGAAUAAGCAACACCAAAAUGAAAACCGCCAUCAUUGCCCUUUUGUUCGUCGCGUGCGCAAGCGCCGCCGAAGACAAAGCCGCCAGCAUUGUCAGCUUCGUUAACCAGCAGAAUCCUGAGGGCAACUACGAGUACGCCUUCCAGACAGACAACGGCAUCUCCGGAAACGCCCAGGGACAACUCAAGACCAUCAACAAGGACGAAUCUGCGGUUGUAGUCAGCGGCGGCAACAGCUACAUAUCCCCCGAAGGAGAGUCCAUCUCCCUCACCUACAUCGCUGACGAGAACGGAUACCAACCCCAGGGUUCUCACCUCCCAACCCCCCCUGCCCCUAUCGCCAUCCCUGAAUACAUCGCUCGUGCUAUCGCCUACAUCGCUGCCCACCCCUACACCGAAAAGAAGAACUAAAUUUAUCUCUAACAAACAAGUAACAUGAGCAACACCUAAUGUUACGCGUAUCCUACAAUCUUAAUGCUUUAAAACCAUUUUUUUGUAAGUGUUUUGUUUUUUAGAUAUUAAAUAAUGUAAACACCAAAAAUGUU